AUGAAGGGAGCAGCGGCAGGCAAGGGCGACUUGCGCAAGAUGAUGCGCUCUGCCCUCGCGCAGAAGAAGCAGGAGAAGAAAAUCACCUCGCCCCUCGUCCGUUACAACGCCGUGGGGCAGCCGGUGUGCCGUGUGUGCGAGGUCACAGUGAAGGACGAGGCCCUGUGGGACGCCCACGUCGCCUCCAAGCAGCACAAGCUGGCCAUUCUGGAGCUGAAGAAGCAGAAGGACGCCAAGAGUGGCGCCACCACCACCACGCCGGUCGCCACACCCGCGGGCUUUAAGAGACCGAUCCAACCGCCCGCUGCCGCCGCUGCCCCGUCGGGAUUUAAGGCGCCGCUGGCUCCGGUGGCCGCACCACCAGCUGCAGCACAACAGAGUAAGGGAAAAGAAAAGGCGAAAGAAAAGAGCGCGCCCUCGCUUCUCCUGGGGUACGGCGAUGAGGAGGACGAGGAGGAGGAGGAAGGGGCGCACGCACCGCCGCCCUCCCCGGCCGCCUCCGCCAAGCGAAAGGCCCACGAAGUGACACCCUCGUCGUCUUCCUCUUCCUCUUCGUCGUCGACUUCUUCGUCGGCGCUGCCGGCGGGUUUCUUCGAUGCCGCCGCCACUGCCACUGAGGCCGCUGAUGUCCCAUCGCCGAGCAAGAAGCUCAAGGCCGCGGAGGCGCCCGUGGCCAAGAAGGGCGCGAUUCCGGCCGAUUUCUUUGACGCCGCUGCGGCGUCGUCCGCCCCCGCCGCCGGCCAAGUCGUGAUCGAGGCGCAGGCCAAGCCGAGCGGGGACGCGGAGAGCAAGGGGGCACUGCCGACGGGCUUCUUCGACGAUCCCAACAAGGACUCCCAGAUGCGGCCCAAGGCCGCCGCACAGAAGCCCUCCCUCGAGGACGAGUGGGAGAAGUUCCAGGCCACGAUGACCCAGGUGGCCGAGGACGAGGAGAAGAAGAAGCGGGAGAGCGAGAACCUGGCGCAGCUCGAAGACCUCAUCGGCGGCGAAGAGGAGGAAGCCGAGGAGAACGAAGAGGACGAGGAGAUCUCGCUCGAGUUUCAGCGCAAAGAGGAGCGACUGUCGCAACUGCAGGAGCUGCGACAGAGGAAGCUGGCGAUGCUGCGACAAAAGAUGGGCGCCCAGCCUGCCGGAGCUUCGACCGACGUCAGCAGCAGCGACGAGCGCACGACGAUGGACAUCGAACCAUCCAAACCAAAGGAGGAGGAAGACAAGGACGACGAAGAAGAGGAAGAGGAGGACGAUGAAGAAGAAGACGACGACGAAGACGAGUAUGACUGGCGGGCCAAGCUUCUCUAA